AUGCGCACCCCUGUGGUUCAUGCUGAUCACGGCUCGCGAAGUGACAGCGGCAUCGACGAAGACGAUGAGCGCCUCACCUUUCCUCGCGAUGAUUGGCCGCGCUUUACGUAUUACAUUCCUCGCGUGUUGGGAAACCGCAUUUUCGACGAUGAUAUCCUGUUUGCUGCGCAGCAGGCCAGCCGCAAGGUCGCACAGAGUAUUGGUGCUGGCCAGCUCGAUGGCCUGGUCGACGAGCUUGACUUAAACAUGGCUGUGCUUGACGUCGUUAUUCAGAUCAACGACGAGUUCCGCGACGAGUGCCGCGCUUCCCAUUGCCGGGUUACCAACACUGUUGAAGAGUGGCGUCAGUUGCUGCGGGAUGUGGCCAAGGUCGUGGUGGAAACUGCGAGACAGACUCUCGGACAUGCUCUCGGCGCCAGUGCCAGUGCCAGCGCCAUCGCGACCCUCGACCACUGGCACAAUGCCGCAGAAGCUCGCGAAGCGCUAAUCGUCACUUGCAUGGAACAGCUGUGGUCCCCGCGCGACACACUUGAGAAAGUCUCGUGUCCAGCACCGCGGAGCGCGGUUCUUCCUUUCAUCGAGCGAUACGGUCCCGGCGAGCUGGAGAAGGCCCAUCUCUGGUACAGUUGUGAUUACGACCCCGUAACCCACACGUUAACGAACUACACCGUGACCUGGGACGGCAUCCGUUCCCCCGCCACCCCAGAGCCCAUGGUACCGUGCCUUGAAGCAAUGCCUGAUCUGAGCUCGAGCGUCGAAUCGUUCCCGUCGUCGGGCUUCCCCUCACCUCAGAACAGCAACGACAAUGUCGAUGACGACCAUUCUGAGCAGAGUGUUGUGGUCAACCACAAGAUCGAGGAUGGCCAAAUUGGAUCCGCCCUCAACUCUUCCGCCGGCUCCAUCACCCACUAG